UGAGCUAUCGCAGUUAAAACAAUCCUGUUCUGUAUGCGAUCUUCAGGACUCAAAAAACGAUCUGGGAAGGAUUAUCGAGGAUGGGGAGGAAUCAGGUGAAAAUGGAAACAGAGACAAAAGAGCGCUUGAUUCGACAAAAAAUCAAACUUGUGUAAAAAUGAUUCGAAAUUUUAUGAAAAUGCUUGAGGUGACAGAAGCCAAUUUGGAUCCAAACAACACCGGUACUAAUAAAAUGCCAAAAAGUGUGGUCUGCCUGCCAGGGCCUGCUGGGCCAAAGGGUUCACAGGGGAUACAAGGAGGCAGGGGUCCUCGAGGAAUGAGGGGAUAUAAUGGUACAAAAGGUGAGAGAGGUGCGCCAGGACCGCGAGGGAUGAAAGGUGAUCCUGGGGAUAUAAUGAAAUCAAAAGAAGUGUUACCAAGAAUAACCUCUCACCCUCCCAAAACAAUGUUCAUCAGAGAAGGGGAUAACUUUACUUUGAACUGCAUGGCCAUCGGCUAUCCUGUGCCUUCCGUGACCUGGAUGAAGGACAACGAAACUCUCCCUGGGACACGAUUGUUUCCAGAACGAGGCAAAGGAAUGAGUCUUGAGUUAAAAAAGAUCACCUACGAAAGGAAAGGAAAAUACACUUGUGUUGCCAGGAAUUCCGUAGGAAAUGCAACUUUUAGGGUGGAAAUUAUUUUUAAAGUUCCACCAAAACGUCUAAGCUCGUCAGAGGCAAUUGUUUAUCAUGGAAAUGCUAUCAACCUACAGUGUCCAAUCGAUUCAUACCCACCAGCAAAAAUAAGAUGGUUAAAACCUGGCUAUGAACAAGCCAACGGUGAUUUGUUUGCGAACAACAACACCCUUAAUAUCGAACACGUCACAGAUGAGCACGAAGGAAUAUAUUUAUGCGAAGGAAAGAAUAUGUUUGGAUCUACUUUUACUGCAUUAUCUAUUAAAGUGAGAAGUGAAGUUCAACCAACAUUUAGCGAAGAACCUCCCAGUUCACAAGGUGUAUUCCUGCAGCAAAAGAUCAUAGUUACUUGUGCUGCAACAGGGGACCCUGUACCGAUAAUCACGUGGAUAAGUCCUGAUAUGAAGCAGAUGAUCACGGAGCAGACACGUUCAGAGUUAACUAUUGAGUCAUUCGACGUUUCAGACGAAGGAAACUAUACUUGCAUUGCGGAGAAUGUUUUGGGAAGUAAAGCUGUUGCUGUUGUCAAAAUAUAUAUGAUCCAAUGCCCACGUCUAGCACCCCCAGUCAAUGGACAUCUGAUAAGCUUAACUAAAGGUAGUGAUGAUGUCAUGAUAUUUUCAUGCGAUCAUGGCACGCAGAUGAUUGGUUCAGAGGUACGAGUAUGCCAGCGCAAUGCAACAUGGACAGGAAGAACAACAUAUUGUAUUGGCAACACUUUACGAAAGGAAGGCUCUCUAAUUCUCAAAAGCCAUAACGACUACAGAGAUCACCUUCUUGCCUUUCUUAAACCAGUUCAAACGAAAACGUUGUCCAAGUGGAAGCUUUGCUACCGAGCCAGUCAAAAUGGUUGGUCAGCGCUCAACUUUCAUGGCGCAUGCGGAGACAGGCAAUCAACGGUUACAAUCAUUAGAGUUGGUGUAUACAUAUUUGGUGGCUACUCAGAUAUAAAAUUCGGAGUUCCAGAACACGAUUAUAGUUACAGCUACAGAAAAUAUCGAAAUUGUCACAGAAGUUCAAAAGCAUUCAUAUUCUCCCUGAGAAACAAAGCCAAUCUGCCGCCAUUUCAAAGCAGGCCAUUUCAAAACUCUCAUAGUGCUGUAUGCGCAGAUUUCAGCAAAGGAGUUGUUUUUAGCAACGACAUCAGUAUCAGUGAUUUUGCUAACAGUAAUACGAAGUCAAGCAGCUCGUUUGGUUACACGUAUAAACCACCGCUAGGGUAUGAAUUUAGCGGGUCAAAAAUGGACGCAUUACUGGCCGGUGAGGAUAACUUCAGCCCUGAUGAAAUCGAAGUAUUUUACGAAACAUAA